UCGGGAGCGCGAUGAUCCUAAACGCGGUGCUCGAGCCUCUCGACUCCGCCGGCGGCUCGGGCGGCAGCACGGGCGACUCCUCCGAGGAAAACGCGUACCUGUCGCGAGGGUCCACGGACGGCACCGUGCUUCCGCCGAGGAACGACCGGUGCAUCUCGCCUCUGCACGCGGGCCUGGAGGGCAAACGCGGCGCGCCGAAGGUUUGGGAUUCGCUUCCCGACGAUUCCCUCGCCAGGGACGCCGUCGCGACGACGACGAGGACGACCACGCCGAGGAGCUCGCCAAGGACCUCGGUGAGGUACGAUUUCGACCUCGCGCGGGGACUGGCGAUGGAGAGCGACGACCUUCCGCACCACCCCGAGCUUCUCUUCGCGCCGCCUCCGAUGACCCCGCCCGGGGCGGUGCGAGCGAACAAGACGAAGAGCAGGAGCCCGAGCGCCAGCCCAAAGCGAGUCGUGGGUCGCGACGUCGCGGCGACGACGGCGACGGCGACGACGACGGCGAGCGGAAGAGAAUCUUUCUCCAAGCAGCAACUGGUCCCGACGCACCACAGGCGUAGCUCGUCGGUGAUAUCCGUCGGAUCCCAGCACGGCCCCGCGAUCAACGGGGUUGGAUUUGGGCGCCUCAACACCCGGCGACACACUCGAUCCGUCAGCGGCGGCGGGUCGAUGGAUUUUGACGCAGCCGGCUUUGGCUUUGAGGACGAGAUAUCCCCUUACAACUCCGACGCCGAGGACGAGGACGAGUCGGAGGUGGCGACGGUGACUAAGACGUCGGUGUGCUUCUUCUCGGUUGGGUUCGACGCGUCGAUUGCCAUGCAGUUCCAUCAGCUUCGGGAGCGGACGCCCUGUUGCGCCGAUAGCGUCGGCAAGGUUGUCGCCGGGCACGGAUUGCUGGGAAUCACCGAGGCGUUCUCUUCGCGCAAGUACCUGAGACCCGGCGUGAUGUCCCUGCGCGUGGACGGCGAGGAUAUCCCGAUCCCGGAGGGGGCGAAGACGGUGCAGUUCUUCAACAUUCACUCCUCCGCCACCGGCAUCGACUUCUUCGGGUCAAACGAGCCGAGCACCAGUGCCGAUCUCCUCCAGGAAUACUCGGAGCCCAACGUCGGCGACGGGCUCGUGGAAGUGGUCGCCACCUUUGGCGUGACCCACCUGGCGGCAAUACGCCUCGGGUUUGGACAUUCUAGGAGGUUGGCGCAAGGCUCUGUGAUCGAGAUUGUGCUUCGGGAGGCGCUCCCGGUGCAGGUGGAUGGCGAGCCCUGGCUGCAACCUCCCGCGGUUAUUCGCAUGGAACUUCGGGGAAAGAUUCCGUUCGUGCUGGGCAGGGGCGAGACAAAGAACGUGCCAAGAGCGGCGCAUAGGCGAAGGUCAUCUUCCGCGAGGAACGAGGUGGUUCUCGACAAGAUGCCCGAUAAGACCGGUGGGUCCGCGUUGGCUGAUGAGGCGGUGGUGGAUCGAUUCCUGAGGGAUAGCCUUCGCGCCAGGCCCGUAGACGCUUGAGCCCGUGUGGUGGGUGGCUUGAAUAAAUGUAUACAAGUACAACAGC